AACGCCGACGCCGGACAGGUGCUUGUAUUGGCUUGCAAACACUAAACAGAAUUAUGGAAAUAACAGUACUUCAUCCAAAGACGGGGAAAACCCUGGCAACAUUAACAAAUGUUUCCACUGGAUCCAGUAUAGCAGAUGUCAAAAAAGAGUAUGAAAAGAAAUUUCCAAAAUAUUACCCAACAAGACAGGCAUUUAAAAGUGAUCCAAAGGGAAAGACACUGAAGGAUGACAUUAAGUUAGACAGUAUAGAUUUUACUAAAAAAGGAACCUUAUACUUCAAGGACCUUGGGCCUCAGGUGGGCUGGACAACUGUGUUCCUGACAGAAUACUCCGGUCCUCUCAUCACCUACCUCAUCUUUUAUGCCCGUCCCUUCAUUAUAUAUGGAGCAGCUGCCUCUACUCCAAGAUCAUGGCAAGUCAAUCUGGCCACUGCCUGUUUCUCAUUCCACUACAUUAAGCGCCUCCUGGAGACUGUGUUUGUCCAUCGAUUCUCAAAUGCAACCAUGCCGAUCAUGAACAUUUUCAAGAACAGCACCUACUACUGGGGAUUUGCAGCCAUGAUAGGCUACUUCGUCAAUCAUCCUCUCUACACCCCACCAACCUACGGUGAUGCCCAGGUGUUUGCUGGACUCGCUGGCUUCAUUUUCGGUGAGCUAGGAAAUUUCUCCAUACACAUGGCCUUUAGAAGCCUCAGACCUGCAGGGACAAAGGAGAGGCGUAUCCCUCGGCCGACCUCUAACCCCUUCACUGUCAUGUUUAAUUUCGUGUCGUGCCCUAACUACACUUAUGAGGUGAUGGCAUGGGUCAGUUUUAGUGUGAUGACUCAGUGUUUACCUGCCCUACUGUUCACGUCCUGUGGAUUUUAUCAGAUGGCAGUGUGGGCGCUUGGUAAACACCGUAAUUAUAAAAAGGAAUUCAAAGAUUAUCCGCGAAACAGAAAGAGCAUUGUUCCAUUCUUGUUGUAAAUAACAACACAGUAAUUAUUUGAUGAAGAUUGUGAUUCCAAGUAUUCCUAAGUAUUUGGAAGUAUUAGUAUUCUUUUAAGAAAUCUUUGUAACACUGUGUAAGCAUCUCUUUAUUAAUUAAUGUCACAAUCAUUUAAUGAGGUAGUGUUUUUAUUAUGACUUAUUACAUUUCUCAAGUUGACAAUCAUUUGACAAUUUCUGGAACUUCAUCAGUUAUCAUUUUUAUCAACGUCCAUCAUACCAGAGAGUAAGGCUGGAAAUGGAAAUUGUGUUAAUCUUAUGUUCAUGUUAAGUGAGCUACAUUUUCAUACAGCUAUGUAGACUGUUGUUUCUGUAUAGAGCGAGCUACAUUUUUAUACAGCUAUGUAGACUUAUGCUUUGGUAAGAGGGAGCUACAUUUUUAUACAGCUAUGUGGACUGUUGUUUCUGUAUGGGUGAGCUACAUUAUUAUACAGCUAUGUAGACUUUUGUUGCUGUAUAAGUGAGAUUCAUUGCUAUACAGCUUUGUAAUUUGGUACCAUUUUAUAAAAGUGAUCUACAUUUUCUGCAAAAGUGAAUUGCAGUUCUAAAUCAUAGCUUAUACGUUUUUCGAUAAAGACCAAGAAUGUAUUAUUACUUGUACCGACAAUGAGGUGCUUGUCAGGUUUUUUACUAACACUGAGUACUUAAUUUUAAUGUCAGUUUUAAAUUUUCUUGGGAUCAUUUCUCAUUUCAAUGUUUUUUUUAAAUUCUAGAUUAAUUUUUAUCAAGUGUGAUUCAAAUUUGUCCAAUAUUACUAGUUAUUUUGUUAAGUAAUAAUCACAUGUUUGAGAACUGUUCUUACAGUUAACAUUGUAAUAUUUCCAAAUACACAUUAUUUUAUUGUAUCUG